ACCUCUCACCGACAGAGAAAUGGCGUUUCUGGAUGAUCCGGCCAUGAUUAUUGCUCAUAUAAGACAUUCUUGUGUUACUGGAGAUGAGACAGGUUUGUGUGAAAUGGUUAUUGUAGAUGAGGAGAAGAAUGAGGAGCAGACGUUCUAUCAAGGACGGAAACGAAGUGUAACGGGAGAUUUGAUUGACAGGUUUGAUGAGAGACCAUACAGUCAAAGUUUAGAGAUCAGUGUCACUCCAUCUCGACGAUUACAUCAACGCAGUGAACGAAGAGACGGAAGACGUCAAGGACCACAAGUUAAGACGAUAAAACUGCAGACAGAUGGAAACAAGAAACCGGAGUUGACAGAGAGUGAGGUUACUGGUUUAUUUCAACCGGCAGAGAUACCACCUCGGUCUAACGUUCCUGUCGUGUCCAUGUUGGCUUUGCAGCUUGAGGAAGACGGCAUGUCUACAGACAACAUGAUGGAGAAGUAUACUUGA